CUCGGGACGCCGCAUUGUCAAGUCGUUUGUCGAGUGUGACCUAACCUUUACAGACGCGUAAAUUAGUGUGUUACUGUGUUUAUUUUUACGAGUGCAUAUUAAACGAGUAUGAAUUAUGCUUAAGUGCUGUGUCCAGUGAACGUCUUCAAAAUGACGUUAUAUAGUAGUGCGUUCACGCGGGUGGUUGGUGCUCUAAUGACUAUUGCAUUGUGUGCUGGUCUACAAGUAAGUUCGGUGGAGGGGAGAGAAGAAUCUCGAAAAUUUACGAUAGAAGAAUUGCUGACUAACAAUUAUGAAAAUAAAGCGUCUAACGACCUUGGCAUGGAUCCUUGUAAAGCCGAUAAUUUUCAAGGAGAUAUUGCAAUUCCGGACGACUACUUCAAACCUAGUAAUUCUGCUCCUUCGACAACCAAAAUUAAUAAGUCGUUACAAGAAGAGGUUGAAAGGUUAAAAAAAGAAGUUCUUCUGGAAGGACUGCAAGUUGAAGAGGAAGGCUUACCUGAUAUAUUAAGAAAAAGAACAAAACAACCACUACCACUGCCUCAAGAAAAACCAAAGAAGUACAACGAAGCUUCCAUCGUCACAAAGGUAUUACCUGCAGGAUUGGACAAAUCUCUUUUAAUGAAGAAUGGAAAAUUGCCACCAGGAGAAAAUUUAGACAUUUUAGACUCAGGGAACUCAUAUAACCACACAAAUCAAAACGUUAUUGUAGAUAAUCUUACAGAAUCUGAGAGUUUGGAACAAGAUGGUGUCUUAUUAGUCAACAUUUCUUCGGAUAACAUUCUCAAUCUUGACGAAAUGUAUGUAAAUCUCAAAUCAUCGAACUUCUCACCAAAGACGGAUGAAGUAACAAAUAAAAUACAAAGCAACAGUCGUGAAAUUACCGGUGACUCAAAUAAUAAUAAUAAUAUAAAAUUUAAGUUACCCGAAAAUAUGACUGUAGCGCCAGCUCCGACAAACGGAGAAUUAUCUCCCAAUGAUCGUGAUGAGGAUAAAUAUAGCAUUGCGAAAGGAGCAAACAAAACUAAAUAUGAAUUAAAAACUGAAAAGAGCGAAUCUAACGAUUUAUUGAAACCUACAGAGAGUUUACAAAGCUUAAUCGAUGAAACAACUCAUAAACGCCAUAGAAGAAGAAGGCAUGGCAAUAGAAGAAGGUUACGAAACAUACAAUCGAUUGAGAGGAUAGGACAUAACAGUUUAAAGUUGUCCGAAGAAGACGAAAUUGAAGCAGAGCCUAAUCGAGAAAAGUUUUUUCGUCAUGAGAAAAAAGUUAAAAAUAAAUUAGUAUAUCCAAAAUUCGAAGUGCCAGAGCAUGAAUUCGAAGAAAAUUUUGAAGUAAUUUCUCCAACUAAAAUGAAAUUGCAAAACAAUGACACACAAGAAUUUAAGGAAUGGUUUUUUCGGGACUCGGACUUGGAUUUAGAAGCAGCUGAGAGCCAAAUGUAUAAUAACUCAGAGAUAAAAAUACGGCAUCGCAGCGCCCGGGCGGCCACAAAUCGCAAGGAGCGUAUCUGGGAGAACGGAGUCAUUCCCUACGAGAUUGAUGGUAAUUUUAGUGGCGCACAUAAAUCUCUCUUCAAACAAGCGAUGAGGCAUUGGGAGAAUUUCACUUGCGUUAAGUUCGUUGAGAGAGAUCCCGAUCUACAUAGAGACUACAUUGUUUUCACGGAACGACCCUGCGGUUGUUGUUCCUUCGUCGGAAAGCGCGGUAAUGGAGCUCAAGCGAUUUCUAUUGGAAAGAACUGUGAUAAAUUCGGCAUCGUUGUACAUGAACUUGGUCACGUUGUUGGCUUCUGGCAUGAACACACGCGGCCUGAUCGGGAUAGACAUGUUCAGAUAAUCCGGGAUAAUAUUAUGACUGGUCAAGAGUACAAUUUCAACAAAUUAACCGAAGAAGAAGUGAACUCGCUUGGGCAGACGUACGACUAUGAUUCCAUCAUGCACUACGCAAGGAACACCUUCAGCAAGGGCACGUACUUGGACACAAUUCUGCCCCUAGAAGUGCACGGGAAGAAACGGCCAGAGAUCGGGCAAAGAGUGCGCCUGAGCGCUAGUGAUAUUGCCCAAACGAAUCUACUCUAUAAGUGUGCAAAAUGCGGCAAAACAAUCCUCGGCAACUCGGGAUGGUUCAACUCACCCGGGUGGGGAACAGAGACCCCGCCAGCCACCGCUGAGACCUGCGAGUGGCGGAUAGUUGCUACACACGGAGAGCGAGUCGUACUUAAUAUUACAGAGAUAGACAUCCACAAGUCAGACGAAUGCCGUUCCGAGUGGGUAGAAGUGUUGGACGGGUACAUGCCCAACGCACCAGUGCUUGGCAGGAUUUGCGGUUCAGGCAAGGGGCCCAUGAUGAGGUCCACGGGAUCCAGACUGACCGUUGUAUAUCAUCCCGGCUUGAGACCCAAACCGCAUCGCGGAUUUAGGGCUUAUUAUGAAGCGGUGUGCGGCGGAAAUAUAGAAGUAGAUAGCAGCGGUCAUUUGGAGUCACCCAACUAUCCCGACGAUUAUCAACCCAAUAAGCUAUGCGUAUGGAAAUUAACUGUGCCACAGGAUUACCAAGUAGCAUUGCGGUUCCAUUCAUUCGAGGUGGAAAACCACGACCUGUGUAACUAUGAUAAAGUUAAAGUGAGAGAUGGAGACUCGAUGGACAGCCCGCUCAUCGGCAUGUUCUGUGGACACAAGAUUCCACCAGAUAUCAGAUCAACAUCAAACAAGCUGCUCGUAAUAUUCGAAUCAGAUAGUUCAGUGCAGAAAGCGGGUUUCUCUGCCACUUUCAUGAAGGAGUUCGACGAGUGUGCGUCCAUCGACCAUGGGUGUAGCCAUUCUUGCGUCAACACGCUAGGCGGCUACGAGUGCGCGUGUGAUAUCGGCUACGAACUGCACUCUGAUGGGAAGAAGUGUGAAAACGCAUGCGGAGGUGUGCUCUACGCGCCAAAUGGUACAAUCACCUCUCCAUCUUUCCCGGACCUGUACCCGCCUUCUAAGAACUGUCUUUGGGAGAUAGUUGCACCACCACAACACCGUAUUACCCUUAACUUUACACACUUCGAUUUAGAAGGCAGCAAUAAUAUGUAUCAUCAGGAAUGUGAAUACGACAGUGUGACAGUUCACUCGAGGCUCGGCGCUGAUGUGUUGCGGCGACACGGAGCUUUCUGUGGAACUGCUUUACCUCCACCUGUAACUUCAGAUGGAUCUGUGUUACGUGUACAGUUCACAUCAGACACAUCAGUCCACCACUCGGGCUUCGCAGCAGCAUACUACAUAGACGUAGACGAGUGUUCAGUGAACAACGGUGGUUGCCAGCACGAGUGCCACAACACCCUCGGUGGGUAUGAGUGCGCGUGUCACAGCGGCUUCACGUUGCAUCCCAACAAACAUGACUGUAAGGAGGGUGGAUGCAAGCAUGAUAUUACGCAUCCGCAUGGAACUAUUUUUAGUCCGAAUUAUCCCGACUCGUAUCCAUCGCGAAAAGAUUGCGUGUGGCAGUUCUCCACCACGCCCGGACAUAGAAUUAAGCUUAUCUUCAAUGUCUUUGAACUUGAGCCGCAUCAGGAAUGUACAUACGAUCAUGUUACAAUAUACGAUGGUGCGUCAGCUGAUGAGAAGACACUGGGCAGGUUCUGUGGAAGCAAGUUACCGCAUCCCGUAGUAGCUUCGCAGAAUCAAAUGUAUGUCGUGUUCAAGUCUGAUGCAUCCGUACAAAGGAAGGGCUUCCUUGCUACUUAUUCUACUGCUUGCGGCGGCUACCUGACAGCAACGGAAUCUGUAAAGCAUCUCUACUCACACGCCCGAUACGGGCACGAUUCGUACGAGUCGAGAGCCAACUGUGAUUGGAGUAUUGUUGCUCCCGUCGGCCAUUUCGUGAGACUCACCUUCCUUACCUUUGAGCUGGAACCGGAGACGAAUUGUGGAUAUGAUUUCGUACAAGUCUUUGGUGGAUUGGAAGGAAGUGGGGGAUGCUAUGGAACGUAUUGCGGUACAAAGAUGCCACCAGAAAUCGUGUCAACAAGUGAAGCGCUUCUAGUCAAAUUCCGUACCGACGACACCAUUGUGUUCAAAGGAUUCUCUGCGUCAUACCAAGCGGUUAAACCAGACGUCUGGAGCAAGGAGGACAGUUCUGAGGGUGGCGAGGAUGAGGAUGAAGAAGAGGAUGAAGAGAUGCCCCCAUUAGUGGUUGGGAGGAGAGGAUUACGGGCUCCCACCUCCAGAUUCGUAAGACGACCCACGUGACGGUGGCCUAUAAGGCAUCCCAAGCACAGGCGCCCGCAUCGCAACACCAAAACUCGCAAGUCUGUGUUUAACGGUCCAUUUUAAUGCGCCUUUUUGAUCGAUUUACUCUUCGAGUGCCUACUGGG